ACCAAGCAAAGCCAUCGGAAAAGGUUAAGAGAAGAAGUAGAAUUAUAAGAUGAAGAACCAAGUUUAUGGUUGUGCCAUUUUCCUCCUCUGCCUCAUUUUUCUCGGUACAACUUUGGGAGUUGAUGUUGGAACUUGCAAGCCUAGUGGUACGCUCAGAGGCAAAAAGCCUCCACCGGGACAAUGCAACACAAACAAUGAUUCUGAUUGCUGUGUGGAGGGCAAGCUUUACCCUACAUACAAGUGUUCACCCCCAGUUUCAAGCCACACAAAGGCAACCCUAACACUCAACUGCUUCGAGAAGGGCUGUGAUGGUGGUGCACCAUCCGAAUGUGACAACCGGUAUCACUCUGAUGAUGAACCAAUAGUGGCACUCUCAACAGGAUGGUAUAACGAGGGCAGCAGGUGCCUGAAAUACAUUACCAUCUAUGGCAAUGGAAGGAGUGUCAAGGCCAAGGUGGUUGAUGAAUGUGACUCUACAAUGGGUUGUGAUGCUGAUCAUGAUUACCAGCCUCCUUGCGCUAACAACAUUGUGGAUGCCUCAAAAGCAGUCUGGAAGGCCUUGGGGGUGCCAAAAAGUGAUUGGGGGGAAAUGGAUAUAUAUUGGUCUGAUGCUUGACUCUGAUUAUUAUCUUCAUGUUUAUGUGUGUUUGGUGCUGGAAUGCAGGUUCUUCAAUGUCAUUUUAUACUGUAUUAGUGUCGAACUGUUUCCCCCCACUCUACUAUUAUAUGUUCCAUGUAUUUGAUAUAUAUAUAUAUAUAUAUAUAUACACGAAGCAAUAAAAUUCUCUAUCUUUG